AUGUUUGCAACCUUUCGCCAUAAUCAAGAUAAAGACUCGUUGGAUGCAGUGAGAGAAACCACUGAUCCACCAGUUCUCAAAGGAGUACAAUCCGACGCGUGUCGUAGGUGCAGAGAAAAGAAGCUCAAAUGUUCUGGGGAGAGGAGUGGGUGCGAUCGGUGUUUGGCCAACGAAUGGCAAUGUACAUAUCCGGGAAGGCGACGGUCAAGACAAGAUUCGCUGGUCACAGCUGGAAAACGAAAGUCCUCUAGCACGACGAAUCCGGGGGUCCCAAGAUUGACCGAAAGCAAAAGGUCUCUUCCUAGGGUCCGCACGCACUCCCAGUCUGCGACACCAUCGACAUGCCCCGACGAUUCGGCAAUAGCAAGCGCGAAUGAUAUGAUCAACUUCGACGAUAGUUCAUGGCAGAUCGAGGCAAUGCAAGUACCACUUUCCCCAAGGGAAAGUCCUGACCUCUUUCCGAUGGAUGCCAUGUCUAGUUGGAGCAUGCUCAACGGUGGCUACGAUCACAGCUUCAGCUUGAAUGGCCAAGGCCACAUACAGCAAGAUGCUACUGAUGGAUCGGCGAUGAAUUUGGAUUUUGACGUUGAAGAGAUCCUUUCUAUGCCAGGAAUACGCCCAUUGGAUACCCAGUCGCUCGAUAUAAGCCCGACCGACAUGAGCAUCGAAAUGGGUCAGCACGCCUUGCCAAGUGCCAAGAAAAGCAUGUGCUCAUCCGCUCUAUUCUUCCACGAUAUCAGUCACGCACAACAACCGUCGCCUUUCAAAAAUCGAUCGCAGAAGCCUUCUAUCAGCAGUCAAUCGGUCCUUACGGAUCAUCAAUGCACAGCAGAUGCUCUGCGCGUUCUGGAGAUCUCAAUGGCUGGCCCGAAAGCCCAAGUGACUGUGGAAGAACUCCUGCGAUCCCUCGCAAACACAAAGAGUAGUGCCCGAUCUCUGGCAAAACUGGCCAGGUGCAGCAUGUGCAUAGAAUGCUCACCAUUCUUGGUUUUAAUGGUGAUCAACAUCAACGCUCUAUUGGACGCCGUCGAUAACGCACUCAAGCUCAUAAGCGACCAUAACAUCACAGCUGAGUCUUCGGUCUGGAACCAAUAUGGCGUCGAUACCGCGGAAGAGUUUGGCAGGAUGUAUAGCCCACUUUUCCUACCAAUAGUGGGUGCUCUGAGAACGGUUAUCAGUGAGAUCCACCAGGUAUGCCUGGCUCAGAAUUUGCAGCCGCAGCUGGACCAGUUAGAUAAAGGGCAAAAGUGCUUAGGACUACUUGAAGUGGGCCUACAGGGUCUUCUUUGA